CUUACAGGCGAAAAGAAGAAUUUAGGAGGAGAAAAAAAAAGUCAAGAACACAACUCAAGUGCGAUUCAUUUGCUUCGUUCCUUUUGGUUUCGUUUUCCUUCUUUGUUUGCUUGUUACGGGUUCCCUCACCGGCAGAUUCUCAGGUUCCCACACACAGAAGAUAGAGAGAUAGAGAGAGAGAGAGAGAGAGGAAGAGAGAGAGAGAGAAAGGGAGGCUUCUCUUUGUUCUUUGCCUUUCUCCCUCUCUGACUCUUUAAUUGCUGAAAUUCAUUCGAAUUUCGGGCAGCACGGGCACUUGCAACGGUCAGCAUGAAUGAGAAGGCCAACGUCUCCAAGGAGCUCAAUGCCAAGCACAAAAAGAUAUUGGAGGGGCUUCUUAAAUUACCAGAAAACAGGGAAUGUGCUGAUUGCAAAAGCAAAGGUCCUAGAUGGGCUAGUGUGAAUCUGGGAAUCUUCAUUUGCAUGCAGUGUUCUGGAAUCCAUAGAAGUCUUGGAGUGCAUAUAUCAAAGGUGAGGUCUGCUACACUGGAUACAUGGCUCCCGGAGCAGGUUGCAUUUAUUCAAUCAAUGGGGAAUGAAAAGUCAAAUAGCUACUGGGAAGCUGAACUACCACCAAAUUAUGACAGAGUUGGGAUCGAAAACUUCAUUCGAGCAAAGUAUGAAGAGAAAAGAUGGAUUCCAAGGGAUGGAAAAGCAAAAACAUCAGGUGUGCAGGAAGAGAGGGCUUCUGCUUAUAGGCAGAGACCUGUGGACAAAGGUGGUCAUGGACAUGCAAAUAAUGUUGAACAUUCCUCUAUGGAGCGAAAGAACCCUACUCCAUCUUCUACAAAAAGUAAUCCUCCUCCUAUUAAGAGUAGUAUUCCUGCACCCCCAAAAGCAUCUGAACAGGCUCCUCCAGAUCCAAAACCAGAAUCAGCCGUUCAGAAACCUGAACCAGUUGUGCAGAAGGCUGAACCCACAACACAGGCGGUUAAUUCUACAGUUGUCCCACCUCCCAAAGUUGAUUAUGCUACAGAUCUUUUUAACAUGCUCUCAAUGGAGAGUCCAAAUGCAAAUGGCAGAGAUACAUCUUCUAUUGAUGAUAAUGGAUGGGCUGGAUUUCAGUCUGCAGAAACAUCAUCGACAACUGACAAUGUUUCUCCAGCAAAGCCAGUUGAGAGUAAGACCCCUUCAGGCUCUGGAAUUGAGGAUUUAUUUAAAGAUUCACCAUCUGUUACACAACCUCCAAAUUCAGACAAACCCCAGAAAGAUGUAAAGAAUGACAUCAUGAGCCUCUUUGAUAAGUCCAAUAUAGUGUCACCAUUUUCCGUCCAUCAACAGCAACUAGCCAUGCUUGCACAGCAACAGUCCCUUCUCAUGGCUGCUGCAGCCAAGUCGGGGAGUGUGGCCCCAAUAUUUCCUGGAAAUACCCAUCAACAUGUUACUCCUGUCUCUAAUGGCACUCAUGUCCCUGGUAACAAUUUACCUGCUCAAAACUGGUCAAAUGCUAGCUACCAGGUUCCUGGGAUGACAAUGCCAGUGGCUGGACAAAGUGACUUACAGAAAUUUAUGCAGGCAGGACAUAUUAGACCGACACCUCCAGCAGGGAGCUCUGUUUCUUAUCCUGCACCAAGCAUGUAUACCAUGGGGUCGGUUGCUCCCAGCAAUGGAGUAAUUACGGGUGGAUUGAAUAGACCUCCUUCGGUAUCUUCUGUCUCUUCUGUCACUCCUACCCAAUCAGGAAAAGAUUAUGAUUUCUCAUCAUUAACGCAAGGGUUGUUUUCAAAGCCCUAGGCCAUAUGCAAUCAAGCAACAAGAUAUUGGUUUUGUCUUACCAAUUACCAUACCACAGAUUUUACAGGAAGUACAGUAUUUUGCUUAGAGAGGCAGUGAGGUCUCUCUUGAGUCCUUUCUAUGGGGUUGUACCCUUGUAGGUUCUCUCUCUAAGCAGCACAUUUAGUGUUUUCUUUUUAAUAGUUUGGGUGGUGGCUUCAUUUGUAUGUGUAUCCGGACCAAUAAAGAUGGGUUUGAAAUUUAUAAAUGCUUGUAUUUCUUUUCUCAUGAUUUAUGAUAAUGGUGAGCUUCAAGCGGA